AUGACGCUGGAAGAGCGAGCAGCUCUAGAGAAGAAGCUCCGUUGGAAGAUUGACCUCCGCCUGCUUCCGAUGCUAGUCCUCGUAUACAUCAUGAAUUAUCUCGAUCGAAACACUAUCGCCCAGGCAAAACUUGGAGGCCUCGUGGAAGAUAUAGACCUGACCGACAGCCAGUACCUCACCUGUGUGGCCAUUCUUAACGCUGGAUAUAUUCUAAUGCAAGUUCCUUCAAACAUCUGGCUUAAUAAGAUCGGAAAACCUGCUCUCUACAUCUCGGUCUGCAUGGCCGUCUGUGGUGCUAUCUCUGCUUCUGCUGGUGCCACUCACAAUUUUGCUGGCCUGCUCUGCGCACGGUUUUUCCUCGGUUUCGUCGAGGCGGCAUUCUACCCUGGCGCCAUGUUCACGCUCAGCACCUGGUACAAGCGGGAGGAACUGAGCAAGAGGAUGGCUCUGUUCUACACCGGCUCUCAGAUCUCAGGUGCUUUCUCCGGCUUAAUUGCCGGAGGUGUUGUAUAUGGUAUGGAUGGCCUGAGAGGUCUCCGUGCCUGGAGGUGGCUUUUCAUCCUCGAGGGAGCCGUGACAGUCGCUAUUGCCAUUUCCGCGUACUUUGUACUUCCAAACUUCCCACGGACGACACGUUGGCUCUCUCCUGAGGAGAAGGAGAUGGCUGUCUACAGACUACAUGCUGAAGUUUCCCACUCUGAGUGGACUUCGUCGGAAGAUCAAAUCACCUGGAGGGCCUUUAUCAUGGCCAUGAAGGACUGGAAGAACUGGUUCUUUGUCGUCAUGGUGUACGGCACCGGCGCUAGUCUCGCAGUCAACAACUUCUUUCCCUCGGUCCUCUCUACCCUCGGCAAAGGUCGAGUCGAGACCCUGCUCCUAACCAGUCCGCCGUUUCUUCUCUCGUGUUUUACCAUGGUCACCAUCUGCUGGAACGCCGACCGUACUCAGGAUCGAUACUGGCAUUUCACGGUGCCCCUGUCGUUCUCACUGGCGGGUUUCAUCAUUGUCGCCUCUACGACCAACUUUGGUGCUCGCUAUUUCGGCGCCAUGAUCAUGAUCCCGGGGAUCUACUCGGGUUUCAACAUGGCCUUUGUGUGGACUGCUAAUACCAUCUACGGACCACCCGGCAAGCGUGCCGCAGCCAUCGCCUUCAAUAACGCCUUCUCCGGGAUUGCUGGGUUAUACUCCUCGUACCUUUAUCCCUCCAAUGCUGCGCCGCGAUAUGCCAUUGCUCUAGGCGUCAGCGCUGGUAUGCUCUUCAUGGCAAUUUGCGCUGCUACUGGUCUUCAUUUCCUGCUGGCUCGCGAGAACAGGAAGAUUGAGAAGCAGGAACAAGAUAGCAAUGGGGAUGAUUCUUUGUUAACUCACCCGCGUGGUUUUCGGUUCCUACUGUGA